CAUUAUGAUGAUUUAGGUGAUUUUAGUCAUUUCACUGAACUGAACGACUUUCGACUUUCUUCGCUUCUGUGAAAUGUGAGUGACCUUUUUAUUCCUGGGAAAAUAACCUUGAAUUGGAACUAUAUGUUCAACAUUUCAGUCGUAGAAAAAAAUCCCACAUUAAUAUGGGUGUGAAGCAAUGUAUUUUCACCGUUUCAUCUCUACUUUUCCUUGGAAGAAUUUGUUUUUGUUUUAUCGAACUUGAUGGCCGGGCACAAAGCUUCUCCUCCGCGAUUAAAGGUUUUCUGUAUAAUAAUAUGGGCGAAGAGGUAACUUUAUACGAGCACACGUAUCAUCGCUUUGGUUACAUCUCUGAGCAAUGGUUUACUGGCGACAUAUCUGCUGGAGCUAACAUACGAAUUUACAUCGAUGGCGAAAAAAAUCCAUCGCUUGACUACGACCUAUUUAUGGCUCACGCAGUUCCUUCAAAUGGGGGAGAUGGUAAACCACGUGCUGAUCGAACAUUUGGUCGCCUGGCUUUCAACGGCGGUUACUUCAAUACAUUUAGAAUUCCAUUUCGAAAUGGAUUGAAAGUUACAGUGACGAACCGUUAUCGAACUGGAUUACUUUGGUACAUAAUUCGCGGAAUAACUGGUGUCCCUUUGACGGUUGGAACUUUUAAAAUGCCAAACGACACACGACUGCGACUUGUUAAAAAAGACCAGGUCAUCGGUCCAUUGCGUUACAUGGAACUCUCGAAGACUGUCGAUAAGUCGGGAAUGUUGUUUUUAGUUACUCUCUCGAUGAAUAGCAAAACGCAAGCAUUUAUGCAUGGCUGUGUUCGCUCUAACAUUGAUAACAAGAACGAGACAGUGUUAUUAUCUUCUGGCACCGAUGAUUUCUUCCUUUCCGCCUUCCACUUUGACGAAGGUAUCUAUACCGAAUUCGACUCCGGAGUAACAUUAAUUCCACAGAAAGAAGACCCCGUAAAAAAAAUGCUCGCGUUUAAAUUUUUUCUGGAUGAUGGCAUUGUGUUCAGAAAUUAUUUUCGUCUUUCCUGGAGAAAUGAUGAAGACAACGAAGGUGGUUGUGGAAAACCUCGCAAUCUAGAAGGGGAAGGCAUUCCGGAAAUGACAAGCGUUUUAACGUAUGUCUGGCUUUAUGAGUGGAAUAACAAGUAAAUUUUCUGUUUUGUUUUUCGGGACUCGUGAAGGCGGCAAGUAAUGGGACGUCGCUGCAUAAAAUUUAUCGUGCUACAUAAAUUAACUAAAAAUUUUAAUGUUUUUUCUUAAUGUACUGUGUUGAUAUAAAUUCUUUAAGAUUUCCA